UUCACACACACAUUCACACACGUUCACAUGAUGAUUCCCGUUUCGUUUCUCUUUUCAGUUCGUGGUCAAAACAUCUGCUUUUUUUGUCGCAGAUGCUGGAGUGCAGCCCCAGGACGCUGCCCCCAGUGGUCGUCCGCCUCGGUGUCGUUGCAGUCGCCAUAGGCACCAGCUUCCACCUGGUGGCCGACUCCGUCACCCGUCGCCUCCUGCUGGUUGGCUACCAGCUGCCGCUGUCUGUCAGGGAGAACCCGAUCAUGACGGAGCUCGGGCCGUCGUCUCUGGUCGACGCCUUCGAGCUUCUGUUUCACUACGACGACGCGCUCGGUCAUGUGAUGUGGUCUGUCCCUCUCUUCCUCGUCCUGUUGCUCUUCUUCAGUGGUUCUUUCUGUCACAGGACACAUGAGCAGAGGCUGCUGCCCCCUGCUGCCUGGAUGCUACUCACUCCCAACGCCGCCUACUGCUGGUACCUGAUCACUGAGGGACAGACCUUCAUCAUCUUCAUCUUCACCUGCUUUGCAAUGACAGCCACGGUGAUGCACCAGAGGAGGCGGGGCUUUGUGCCCGACGUGAACGGCGUCUUCAUGCUCUGCAGCUUCUCUGGCGCCCUCUUGCUGCUGGUGGUGUGGGUGACAUGUCUGUGGGACGACCCGGCCUUGAGGAAGAGACACCCUGGACUCAUCUAUGUCCCUCAGCCUCGAGUGGUCUUCACCCUGCACCUCCACCAGGUCAAACCCGCAUUAAACCCCAACUAAACGUUGGUGAUGAAACUUGGCUUGAAAAAUUUCAUGAAGUACAGGGAAUAAAUAAAAGUGCUGCAAAAUGGCUCAGUAGCGCCCCCGUAGGUGAAACCCGGUAGGACAAAGCCA